UCUCUCCACAGCAGUUCUCUCCAGAAACUCCUAAGUCUCCACAUCGACCCUGAAGAUGAUUCCCUCCACCAGCCUCCUGCUGCUGCUCCUGCUUGGCGUCUCUCAGGCUCUUCCUCUCCAGGAGGAAGGACAACAGGAAGAGACAAAACAAAAAGAAGCAGACACUGUUGACAUGACCACCAGGAUUCUGAUCGCCAACAACGGCUCAGAAGAAAUUCUGCUGGAAGGAGACAUAGUGGCUCCCAAAUCCAGAAAUGCCAUGAAGUGCUGGUACAACAGCUGCCUGUGGAAAAAAGACUCCGGUGGUAAAGUGGUGGUUCCUUAUGUAAUUGGCCGGGAGUUCAGCAGGAAUGAGAGGCAGACCAUCAAGGGUGGUAUGAGGGCCUUCGCCGGCCAAACCUGUAUCCACUUCACACCCCGUACCAAUCAGAACGACUUCAUUAGCAUUGUGAGCAAACAGGGAUGCUAUUCUGAACUUGGCAGAACAGGAGGCAUGCAGGAGCUCUCACUCGACAAGCAGGGCUGCGUCUACAGUGGAAUCGCCCAGCACGAGCUCAACCACGCUCUGGGCUUCCAGCACGAGCAGACCAGGAGCGACCGCGACUCCUAUGUCAGGAUCAACUGGGAGAACAUCAUCCCACAGAGCGCCAACAACUUCUACAAGCACGACACCAACAACCUGAACACUCCCUACGACUACUCCUCCAUCAUGCACUAUGGAAGAGAUGCCUUCGCCAUCGCUUAUGGAAAGGACACCAUCACCCCCAUCCCCAAUCCCAAUGUCCAGAUUGGCCAAUGGCAGGGAUUGUCCCGCUGGGACAUCACAAGGAUCAACCUGCUCUACAACUGCUAACAAUGUAUUAGAUGAAUGAAAAUGUUCUAAACAUAUUCCAGAGGUUCAUGUGAAAGAAUGAAUAACUGGAAUAACUUAAAUAAAGGAAAUGUAAAAAACA